AUGCCCCGAUCUCUUUCUGGUCGUGCUAUGGCUGCGCUCCUGUUAGUUGGUGGCUUCUUCUCAUCUUCCCCACCACUGCACAUCGAUAAGACGGAAACGAAGGAUCAAUUGUAUUCAUUGAAUCACAAGAUGACCAAAGAAGAACUGCAACAGGAGCGGUCAUAUUCAUCCAACAUGACCAAAGAAGAAUUGGAACAGGAACUCGAGGAGAUGUUUGUCGGACGAGAACCUUUGAGGAAGACCUUGAUAGACAUUUUCAUUUGGGCUCAAGACUUGCGCGAUCGACAAGAAAUAGACAAUUCAACAAUCCGUCGGACUCUCAUGCACACAGUCUUCAUUGGUAAUCCUGGAACUGGCAAAACGAUGGUCGCAAAAAAGCUGGGUGACAUCUUCAAAAGCUUUGGCCUUGCAAAGAGUGGCCAUGUGGUUGAGGCUUUGCGUGGUGACUUAGUGGGAGAGAGCUCCAAGCAAACGGCGCAGAAUGUUGAGCGGCAGACAUUCAGACAACGUCUACAGUAUACAGUAUACAUUUGUUUUUCUGUUUACACACGUCCACAGACAGUUACUUCCCAGAAUUCCAAAUAA